UGUGACGUCACCACGACGUCAAUAGAUCCGUGAACCGGACGAAAAAUGUAGAGCAUAGCCUCGUACAAGUAUAAAACCGAGUAACCACGUGUUUCUUGUGUAUUAUGAGAUUUCUUCGAACGCAUUAACACAGAUAAAAUUAUUGAUCGUAGCAUGUGACUGGAUUUCUCUCAAGAUGCCUUCUUUAUGGGCUGCGGGCUCAGCUUUUAUUUUAUUUACAGCAUGCAUUAUUAGCGGAGAAAAUCAGACAAAACAAGCAAACAAAGAUGAUCUAGUUGCUCAAGAAAGUACUGAUAAUAAAGAUGAGAAAAAAGAAGAUAAACUUACACAAAUACUACCUCAUGUGACUUUUGAUUGUGGUGGAAGGACUGAAGGAUAUUACGCAGAUAUACAAUUUGAUUGUGAAGUUUUCCAUUAUUGUAAACCCAAUGGAGAACGCUUUACAUUCGUUUGUCCACCAAAAUCACGUUUUAACCAGAAACAUAUGAUCUGUGAUUACGAUAGGUAUGGCAUGAAAUUGUGUCACACGGCUGAGAAAUAUUUUAAGUUGAAUGAGAAUUUAUAUCCGAAAACGGAAGAUGAAAAAAAUGCGAAUCUCAAUUCAACUCCUCGAGUAGAAGAAGCACAACAGAAUAAACCAUCAAAACCUGUUGAAGAAACCAAAUCCGAAAAACCGGAAAGUAAAAUAAAAUUACCGUUUCAACCACGGAAUAGAGAAAAUAAAUUCAAGAAAACAUUUAUUGUAACCGAAUAUUAUAACAAGCAAGAUUUAUCUACAACUCAAGCACCCGUAAUAGAUGAUGCAUCUCCUACUGUUUACAAGUGGUACACACCACCCGUUUUAUCAAAAGACCGCGAUAAAUAUAAGCAUAAAUAUAAAUAUUCCGAUUAUUAUCCAGAUUAUUACAUAGAUGAAGAUAAUACAGAAGAUGAAUCGAGUGAAAAUCAUGAUUCUGAAUCCGAAGAACACGAACAAAAUGAAGACGAAUAUAAUACAGAAUCUGAAAAUAAAGAUAAAACGGUUACAACCAGUAAAUACAGCGAAGAAAAUCACGACAAAGAUGAAAAAGAAACAUUAAAAGAAGAACCUGAAUCACACAAUAAAAAUAUUCAUAAUAAUCAAGAAGAGAAUACAAAAACAAUAAAAGAGGAGCCUCAGAAUUUAAGAACUUACGAUCAAAAUAUAGAAUAUAAUCAGUCACCCCAGUCAGCUAAACACGAACCAUCUCAGGAUGAAUACGAAGAUGAUAAUUAUCAAGAUCAUUACGAACAAAAAGACAACACGCAAAAUUUAACUCCAGUUAAAUCUUAUAAGAAGAACCAAAAAACAAAACGACCACAAUACGUGUACAGAAAUCACCACAACAAACAAAAUUCCGAAGAUGUCAGUAGACCUACAAUUUACAUACAAGAUAAAUAUAAUGACCAUGAAAAUAAUAAGGAAGUCGAUCAGUAUGUGCAUGUUCCAGAAAAAGAACAGGAAUAUAACGAUUAUCACAAAUCACAUGAUGACAGGAAUCCCGAUAGGUAUGAUGGACGUUAUUCAGAUAACAAGAAACCAAUACAAUCUAGUUAUGAUUCAAGAAAUGAAAAACAAAUAAUACCCGAAAGGAUUCAACAAAAAUCUCACGUACAAAUUGAAAAUCCUAUUGUAGAGCAUACUACUGAUCCUACAGAUGGUGGAACAGUUAAAACAACUACAUUUUUCCACCGAUAUACGAAAAAAUCGGAACAGCCACCUCAAACUAUAUUGUACGAAAAAGUUUCUGCAAGUACCGAUUCACCACAACAAGUCGAAUAUGAACAGCUUCCAAGACAACAGAAUUAUCAAAAACACUAUGAUGAUAAUGCUCAAGUAUAUAUAGAAGAACAGGAACCAGAACAAUAUGAAGACGAGAAUAAAGAAACUCGCCGUCCCGUAAAAAUUAAACUUUAUGUAAAGGGAAAACCACAAGAACAACAAAAAGAAUAUUACGAAGAGGAAUCCGAUAGUGAUUAUAAUGAUAAAAGCAGAAUUCAAAAGUCACAUCCUGUAGAUGAAGUGCAUUAUAAAGUCAGACAAGAAGAAAACUUACCUGUAAGAGAAGAAAUCGUUUAUAAUUCAGAUCAAAGAUCUCAACCCGUGGAGUACGAAGAUUAUGAUCAGGAGGACGAAUCACAGAAUGAUCAAAAUGUUCCUUAUGAACGUGAACAAGUACGAGAACCGUAUGUGAAAGAUCUAAAUGAAUAUCGUCCAAAUGAAGAAGUAGAAUACAGAGAAAGAAGACGACCAGUAGAUAAGCCUGCUAGGCAAAGACAAAUUUAUAUCCAAAGUCAAAGAAGUCGUACUACAGAAUCACCAGCUUAUCAAUAUCACAGAGAAGUUCCCACAUCAAAUAACAAGAAUGUAAAACCGAAUGAUCAGCAAAACGCACAAUAUGUUUAUUAUAACGAAGCUCGAGGACAAUACAGAUAUACUCCUUCAGGAAAAGUAAGCUCUUAUCAAGAAAAACGUCUUAAAAACGGAAAAGAUGUGACUCAUGAAUCUCCAAAUUCUAAUUCCAAUGCAAAAAAAUAUACAGUAAAUCCUACUUCACAGCAACGACAAUAUAAUCAAAAUAGGCCUAGGUAUCAAGAGAGAAAAUCUGAAUAUAACCGACCUCAUAGUACACCCGAGCAAAGUAAAAGUACAGAACGAAGAAGAAAUCGAGAUGCUCCAAAUCAGCAGCAGACUUAUAUUGACCGGUUUAAAUUCAGAAGUAUUCCCGAACAAUCACGUACUUUGUAUCAAGAAAAAUUUACAAAGCACGUUAAAGAUCAACCAAAAGAAAGUUAUGAAAGUACUCCAACAUAUAAUCGAAAGGCUCAACAUGACGAAACUACUCAUGGUAAUGAACAGAGACAACAAGAUAAUCCACAUCAUCAUACUGAACCAAAAAAUCCUCAAACUAAAAAAUAUAAAAUAGUUACUAGACGUCAGAAACGGCAGGUUGCAUCAAGAUUACCGCUUAGUCAACAGUUUCAACAGUUACUGAAUAAGUUAUAUUCACCUCUAGAAUCUACAUCCCGAAAUGAAUUGAAUAAUUUCCGAAAUUUUAUUAGUAACACUGUUCCUGUUGCAAGUGCAAGCUCGUCUCGUAAUCAGAAUGAUUUCAGAAAUAAUGUUUCUCCAUAUCAUGUUUAUCCCCCUUCUGCCUAUUCAUAUGCAAAUGCUGAUGUUCCUCAAAACAGACCCUUUCAUAAUAGAGCGCCUAUUUAUUCCGAGCCAUCUUAUAAUCUCUCUCCAAACCAUUAUUAUCGCCCACAUGAAUUGCCUCCCAUCCCUCCUCCAAACGAUUAUUAUUACUCUGCUGGUAAUGGAAACAGAAGUAACGAUUACCCAUCAAGUUUAGAAUCAACAGAAUUCGAAGAUAAACCGUCGAGUGACGUAAAUGAUAACUCUUCACCUCCGUCACAAUCCAUAAAUCAUUCUGAUGAACAAAGAGACGAUAUAAAGAGGCCGGAAGAUUCUUAUAAUUCUCCCGAUAAUCAGAAAUUGCCAGAACUUCAUGAAUUUCCAUUUUUUAAUCCGGAUUUUCCAUAUAAUCAAGGUGGAAAUAGUUCGGAAAGAAAUCCUCAAAAUGUAGAUUUUCCAUAUCUUAGAACACAAGGGGAUAAUUAUCAGAUUCCCGAUUUAGGAGUGUAUUUUGAUCCUUAUGGAGAAUUAGGCGUUACACCUUUAUAUGAUACAACAAAUCGACCAAAUAAUAAGGAUCAUUCCACUGCUUCCCCAGAAAACGAAGAACAUAGGAAUACCAAUUCUGAAAAUCGACCCGAAAAUCAAGAAUAUUCUAAUAAUAAUGUAAACCAAAAUCGUGAAAGAGGGAAUGAUCAAUCGGGAGUACAAUAUCACGUAACUCCUCCAUCAUAUUUACAAAGAAAUAGAUAUACAACACCGCCAGUUUUAUCUUUAUUCGUUACGCCACCCCCAUACGUUAGAAAUAACCGUGUUCCUCCAAUUUAUGGAGAAGACUUUUUUAAUCCUCCAAUCAGAUAUCCUUUUGAACCUUCAGCAAUAACAACAACUGAAUCGCCAUCAACAGAUGAUACCACAGAAAGGUAUAUCACACAACAAGACAACUCUUUAACAACUCCCGAACCUACUACUCAAAUUCCGGAAAUCCCAGUUAUAAGAGCAUCGAAAAGACCUUAUCGUCGUAGACAAAAAGUUCCAACAGAACCGAAAAAUCAACAAGAACUUGUAACGCCUUUACGAACUUCUUCCAGACCUCGACCAGCUCCAGAUCGAUCUGCAUCUAGAUUUAGACCUGAACCUACAAUACCUCCGGUUCGGCAGCAACAACCACCAGUUAGACACCAACCUCCAACAGUCAGACAUCAACCACCACCAGAGAGACAUCAGCCUCCUCCAGUCAGACAUCAGCCACCACCAGAGAGACAUCAGCCUCCUCCAGUCAGACAUCAGCCACCACCAGAGAGACAUCAGCCUCCUCCAGUCAGACAGCAGUCACCACCAGAGAGACAUCAACCGCCACCAGUCAGACAGCAGCCGCCACCAGAGAGACACCAACCUUCACCAGUCAGAACUUCUGCUAAACCAAAACCCACUGCACCACCUCCUAAAACACCUCCGUCAAAUUCGAAAGAAUCUGAUGACGAUGAUGUAAAUCCUUUCCGAGGAAGCGUACCAUUUGGAACACGAUUGCGUCGUCCACCUUCAUCAACACAGAAAAGAAACAGCGAGUCAAACGAACGUAAUCCAAGCGCUUCAAAUGUAUCUAGAAGAAAAAGAGUUCACCAAUCAGCAGCGAGUGACCGAUCUGUGGCUAUAUUACAAGAAAGUCGAGAUAGAGUUUCUCGUCAAAAUGUACAAAGCAUUGAACGACCUCCUCAGCCUAGAAGAGCGAGUCACCGUUUUAAAACAACUAACAAACCUAUAAUUACAACCUCUUCCAUACCCAUCAUCAUCUCUGAAAAUCCAACUCAGCAAAGCGAUCCCUUCAUUUACACCAACGUUCAGCGUUACGCGGAAGACCAACAAUUGCCCGUUAGGCCACCAAUUUUGAGAGAAGAUUCUCGUUCAAAUUCGCGAUUCGUACCAAAUAACCAAGAAAACAAAAACCGCAAAAGAAUAAAACCAAUUAGAAGGCGACUUAGAGUGCACCAUCCCAGAAGAGGUUAUCAAGAAACAACAGAAUUUUCUACAGAAUCGACAACGACAACGACGGAAUUAUUAACAACUCCAUUAAUUACUCCAAGCACAACAAUUACAGAAGCAAUUGUGACAAGUACAACUCAACAAGAAGUUUCCGAAAAUCCGACUGAAAUUCCAAAAAAACGAGUGUACACAUCACGCCACGGUGGUUCUUUGCGAAACGAAAACGUUAUAAACCGCUUAAAAACGAAACCAAGACUUUUCACAUUCGGUCGACCAACUUCUGAUCUUUCUUAAAUUAUUCUAUUUAAAAGAAUAUUUUAAUAAAUCUACGCUUGAAAGCAUUACUUAACCAAUUUUUUAAAGCUUCACAGUGAUGUUUUUCCUAUUAAAUUAAUAUAGAUAAUCCAAUUUUUAAAGCGAACCAUUGGUCGAUAUGACCUGAGAUAGUCGUGCAAAACACUUUUUUAUGUAGAGUGUUUGUUUUAAAAUAAAAUUUAUUUUAAUUUU